AACAGGAAAUGCAACAGCUGUAAAUUUCUCAACUGACAGGAAACUGAGUCUACAGGCAGCUGUACUCAGAGUGAACCCCAGUGAGGCCCUCUGUGGUUUUCAGUACAUGGGUAGAGAGGCUCCACUGAAGCCCAGCGUUCAUUAGCACUUCUAUUUUCAAAGAUGAUCACUGUUUGACCAUUGAUGCCGGAUUCAACGGACUGAAAAAGAGAGGGAUCAAAGAGAGGAGUGGAAAAUUAAGUGGGGGGGGAGAAGGAGGGGCUGUGGAGAACAGUGAAGUAGAAAGGGAUGGAGAGCGUUUCAUUGGAUCAGUCAGCCAGCGUGGAUGAGCUGGUGGAAGCCUGCAUCAAAGCCUUUGACAAUGAAGGCGUUCUGAACGAGCCAUCUCUCGUGCGAAUCUUUCUUACCAUGCAUCCCUGGUACCUGUCAUCCAGUGACCUAGCUAAGAAACUCCUGCACAAGUCUCAGGAACAGGAUUGUUCUGCAAUUCGCCAGUCUCAGAUUUGUCACCUUGUCAAGUACUGGAUAUCUGAGUUCCCAGCUGAGUUUGACCUGAACCCCGCUCUGGCUGAGCAGAUCCGCGGUCUGAAAGAGCGACUGGAGCAGAAUGGAGAUGUGAGGCGAAGUCUGCUCAUCGACAUAGACAGCAUUCCAUCUUACGAAUGGCGACGUCAACUGGAUGAAACUGUCCAGAAAAAACGCAAGACCUCUCUUCUUUUUGACCACCUGGAUGCGUCCACCCUGGCUGAACACCUAACGUAUAUGGAGUACAAAUCAUUUUGCAAAAUUCUGUUCCAGGACUACCACAGUUUCGUGAUGCACGGCUGCACGGUGGAUAAUCCCAUUCUGGAGCGUUUCAUUACUCUGUUUAACAGUGUUUCCCAGUGGAUCCAGAUCAUGGUUCUCAGUAAGCCUACAGCUCAGCAGAGAGCCACUGUCAUCAGUGAAUUCAUCAAAGUGGCCCAGAGGCUACUGCAGCUGCAGAACUUCAAUACACUGAUGGCUGUAGUGGGUGGGCUCAGCAAUAGCUCCAUUGCUAGACUCAAGGAUACGCAGGCACUCAUCGGCAGCGAGACACGCAAGGUCUUUGAUGGAUUGGUGGAGCUGGUCACAUCCUCUGGAAACUACAGCCGCUAUCGUCAGCGCUUCUCAGAAUGUUCAGGAUUCCGCUUCCCCAUCCUUGGGGUGCAUUUGAAGGAUCUGAUUGCCGUCCAUGUGGCCCUGCCUGAUUGGUUUGACCUGGAGAAGUCUAGGGUCAACCUAACCAAGACCCAUCAAUUGUAUGCCAUCCUAGAAGAGCUGGCGCUUAUUCAAAGCACUCCGCCCAGUAUAGAAGCCAAUUCAGACCUGCUGAAUCUGCUUAUAGUGUCUUUGGACCAGUACCACUCAGAGGAUGAGAUAUAUCAGCUAUCUCUACAGAGGGAACCUCGCAACAUUAAAUUAUCAACUUCCAGCUCAAAGUCACAGUCUCCUCUAAUAGAACAGUGGUCAUCUUCAGUCAAACCCAAAGCAGAUCCAGCCAUCAUCAACAAACACAUUGAAAAACUGGUGGAGACAGACUUGUGUGGGGUGAGCUGUCAUAAAGACUGUUGCAGUCGUUUGGCCAUCGAGUGCCGUAAGCGUGCACAGAGUGUCAGUUGUCACAGUGAGGCUUCCUUUAAAGCCACACGCUCUUUCAGCUUUCCACCUCCCUCCAGCACAGAGCCGAUAGCAGAGUCCCCAGUCAUCACAGGCGGCUCUCUGGAGGAACAGGAUGAGGUUUUUGAUGUCCACCUUUGAUGGGGUUUGAAAAGAUGUAUAUUGCCAUCACAUUCUCCUCGUGGUUGAGAGCUUUUUCAUUAAGUCCUUCUCAUGAACAGAAAUCCAUCACCUGGCAUUAGAUACGUUCCUCUCCUCUCUAUUUCCACAGGAGCAAAUACAUCCUGGAGCAAAUCCAUAAGCAAGCGCAGCAGCAGGGACAGAGCUGCACUGCGUGUGUUUGUUGUCCAAGGUGAUCCAUUCACUUGAACUCUCCUAUACUGUGAUCUCUCAUGGGUUUUUAGUCUGAAAAUAGUACAUGGAUUUCAAACAAAUAUGAAAAAAGCACCAGUUAAGUUGCAACAAAUAUUUGAAGAGGUCGUAUACAUUUUUACUAUUUUAGUUCUUCCUUAAAGUACACUUAUGAUGUAGGUAAAUUUAGCUUUUCAUAACCAUUUUUCAUCCUCUUAGUAGAAGUAGAAUUAAAUGUUGUUUAGGAUGAAAUGGGUCUAGAAACAACCCAUUACAAUGUACAGUAUAUUCUGUCACCUAUGC